UGGGACGGAGCCGGGCACUCCGGGCACUCCGCGGCGCGGGAGCAGGUCAGUGCGGCGGGGAGCCGGGCGCCCGCGGAUGUCCCGGUCCCUCUCCGAGAUCUGCGUCCGGACUCGGCUGCCGCGGACACCACAGGGGCGCGCCGGCGCCCACGGCCCCGCGGAGCCGGGAGAGCCCCUGUUUGCUCUCGGGCUCGGGAUACUGGCCGGGAGGGGCGGGCGGGGACGGACUCGGGGUGGAGGGGCCGGGCCGCCACCUUCUGUCCGCAGGUAAGCGGCCAGCGCACGCCGGCGCGCCAUGGGCUCGGACAUGUGGGUGGGCCCGUGGCGGCCGCACCGCCCGCGGGGCCCCAUCGCGGCGCUCUACAGCGGCCCCGGGCCCAAGUACAUGCUUCCCCCCAACACCGGCUACGCCCUGCACGACCCGUCUCGGGCCCGCGCCCCCGCCUUCACCUUCGGCUCGCGCCUCCCCACAAUGUCGGCUCCGUGCGGCCCGGGCCCCGGCUACCUGGUGCCGCCCCGCAUGACUGCGCGCGGGCGGGACGGCACCCCCGCCUUCUCCAUCUACGGCCGGCCGCGCGCCACCACGGCCUUCUGCACCCCGGGACCGGGCAGGUACCGCCCAGAGCUGGCCGGGAACGUGGCAUACCCCAGUGCGCCGCGGUACACCCUAGCCCCCCGGAACUGGGGCCUGCGCGUGGAUACGCAUAUCCCAGGCCCAGCGACCUACAAGGUACCAUCGCUCUUGGGCCCAAACUUGGUCAGUAAAGUCUCGGCCCCGACUUACUCUAUGUACGGCCGCAACCCGGUGGGCAGCUUCCUGGAGGACCUGAGCAAGACCCCGGGGCCCUGCGCUUACCACGUGGUGAACACCGGCGUCUACAAGUCCCGGGCCCCCCAGUUCACCAUGCUGGCGCGAACGUCGCUUCCCCAGGACCAGUCUCAGAAGCCGGGGCCAGCGGCCUACAACGUGGACCAGAACCGUAAACCCGGAGGCUGGAGCUUCGGGAUCCGGCACUCGGACUACAUGGCCCCGCUACUCAUCGACCCGGAGAAGUGACCCUCCCGCGCGCCCCUCCGACGCUCACUUAAAACUUGAGAGUAGCCCUGCGUCCGCCUGUCUGUGUGCGCCGCGCCCGCGCGCUCGGGCGGAGCCUCGGGAUUGGCCGAGGGA